AGCAAAAUGGCUGCGUCCAUGUCAUUGCCCAUGGAAACUUUUUGAUGGGGAAGCAGAUAUUCCAAGCACCUGGCAGAGAAAGUGUUUCAGAAUGCUAAGUUCAUUGAGACUACACGGGAAAAGAUUUCCGACUACUAAUUGCAUUCGAUUUAAAAGUAAAUCAAGCAGUAAAAAGUAUUCAGAGACGCUCAAUCUCCCGAAAAGUGAUCUUGAUGCAACCUCUAAAAGCGGGAAGGCUGUAAAGAGAGAAAAAUUCAUUCAAGAGGUAUGUGGUUUUAAUAAGCUGUAUGAAUGGCAGAGAGCCCAAGAUAGGGAAAAGGAGUUUGUCCUGCAUGAUGGUCCACCUUAUGCAAAUGGAAAACCUCAUGUUGGCCAUGCUUUGAAUAAGAUUCUGAAGGACAUCACCAAUAGGUACAAGCUGCUGAAGGGCUACAAAGUACAUUAUGUACCUGGUUGGGAUUGUCAUGGACUACCAAUAGAACUGAAAGCAUUAAAAGGCAAAGAUGGCACUCAUAAGAAAAUGGCUCCUUUGGAAAUUCGGAAAAAAGCUAAAAAGGUGGCUGAGGAAUCCAUAGCAGUGCAGAGUAAAGCAUUCCAAAGUUGGGGUAUCAUGGCUGACUGGAAGAAGUCCUGUUACCAAACAACUGACCGAGACUUUCAGGCUAGAGAGUUGGAUCUAUUCUACACACUGUAUGAGAAGGGUUUGGUGUAUGAGGAUUUCAUGCCAGUCUAUUGGUCCCCAUCUUCUAGAACUGCUCUAGCCGAGGCUGAGCUGGAGUAUGACCCGUGUCAUGUCAGUCAAGCAGUAUACCUCAAGUUUCCCAUUAUCCCAUCAUCUCUAACCUCUCUCAAUACUCACAGAGUGACAGACAAGAAUGUAUAUGCUGUGAUAUGGACGACAACUCCGUGGACAUUACCUGUCAAUCAAGCAAUUUGUUACAGUAACAAUUUGACGUACUGUGUUCUGGAGGAUCGUAGCAAUGAGGAUGUGUUCAUUUGUGAGAAAGUAUUUGUGGAGAAAUUUGUUAACCUGUUAAGUAAAUCACUGACAGUGAUAGACGAGGUCAAAGGAAGUUUGCUCAAGGGAGCUGAGUAUAAUCACCCCCUGACCAGAGAGGUCCUGCCAUUCCUUCCAGCCAAUCACGUUGUAUCAGGAAAAGGGACUGGCUUUGUGCACACUGCCCCUUGUCAUGGCCAUGAUGACUUUAAAGUUGCCAUUAACAACGAUAUCAAGAUAAGAAGUAUUGUGGAUGAAGACGGUGUGUACACUGAAGAGGCUGGUCCCACACUGCAGGGGAAAGUGGUGGGAAAGGAUGCUGACAGUGCAGUGAUGGAGUUACUGAAGGAGAGUGUUAUCCAUCAGUCUCCCUAUCAGCACAGCUACCCGUACGAUUGGCGGACUAAACGUCCCGUCAUCAUCCGGGCCAGUAAACAGUGGUUCAUCAACACCAACAAGAUUAAGGAAAGAGCUGUUGAAAGUUUGAAAUCAGUAGAAAUUAGUCCCAAGUCCUCGGAGCAGGGGAUGUUAACACAGUUGGGACAACGUACUUACUGGUGUAUCUCCCGUCAGAGGUCCUGGGGACUUCCUAUACCUGUGUUCUACCACAAAGUCACCGAUGAGGCCCUCAUCAAUAGCCAGACAAUUGACCACCUGAAGCAGCUGUUUACCAAGCAUGGCAGUGACUGUUGGUGGACAAUGUCUGAGGAGCAGCUUCUACCCAAGGACCUGCUUGACCAGAUGGGAGCUAGCUGGUCGGAUUAUAACAAGGGCAAGGACAUUCUGGACAUAUGGUUUGACAGUGGCUCAUCCUGGUCUGUACUACGCAAAGAUGGUAUAGAGCAAGCUGACCUUUACCUGGAAGGGUUGGAUCAGUUUGGAGGCUGGUUCCAGUCCUCUCUCCUGACCAGCAUAGCCACAAAUGAUAUCCCUCCAUAUAGACAACUUGUUGUACAUGGGUUCACCGUAGAUGAAGAAGGCAAGAAAAUGUCUAAGUCUGUUGGGAAUGUGGUAGAUCCUGAUACUGUGAUACAUGGUGGGAAAAACCAAGGGACAGAGCCUUCUUAUGGCGUGGAUGUAUUGAGGUGGUGGACAGCUCAAGCCCAACUACAACCCGUGGUCCAGAUCGGUCCUUCUGUACUACAGAAAUGUAAUGAAGAUAUAUUCAAGAUAAGGAAGGUGAUGAAGUUUGUGCUGGGGAAUAUCCAUGAUCUUAAGUCUGAUACAUUGUUGCCUUAUGAGCAGCUCUGGCCACAGGACAAAUACAUGCUCUAUCAACUCUACAAUUUAGCCGAACAGGUGACACAAGCAUAUGAUAGAUUCAGCUAUGGAAAAGUACUGGGCCUUUUGGAGAAAUUCACCAGUUUAGAUCUGUCCGCUUUCUACUGCACCAUCAUCAAAGACAGAAUGUACUGCAGAGGGGCCGACGACAAGGUCAGGAGGUCAGCCCAAACAGUCCUCUACCAUGUGACAAAUGUGUUUAUGAAGUCGUUAGCUCCCAUUGUUCCACACAUGGCAGAGGAGCUCUAUCAGAAUCUAUCAAAAUCAUCCUCUACAGAGGAGGAGAGCAGUGUCUUUAAGUCAGGCUGGUUCAAUGUAGACCCAGUAUGGGCAGACCGUGGCAUUCUUAAUUUCAUGCAGCCUGCUUUAAGCAUGAAGGAGGACAUUGACUUGGCUUCGGAGGUAGACAGACCAGUGGAGUUUGACCUCACAUUGUACUGUAGUCACAAUCUUCAUAAUAUUCUCCAGCAAUUCCAGUCAGAGGCGUCAUCUUCUACUUCACCGUUGACAGAGAUAUUACAGACAUCCCACACACACCUGACAACUGUCGCUCCCGACGUCAUCCCUGAUCACUGCAUCGUCCUCAAUGGAGCCAGUAAGGUUUCUGUGAUAGAAGGUGUCAAAGAACCAGAGGAGUAUGUGCUGCUGUUGUCGCCGGCUGUAAAGGCAAUCUGUGAACGAUGUCGCCGUUACACCGCUGAUAAACCUAAAUCUCCAUGUGAACGCUGCGUGUUAGUUAUAGCAGAUGAGUGGGCAUGAUUCAGGAGUUAUUAUCAUUAUCUAUCCAAUGGGUGUGCCUGUUACAAAACCAAGGAAUGACAACAAACAGUGAAUGAGACUGAUGGAAACCUAUGUGAUAAUCUUCUAGAGAUAUACACUAGUGGCCUUGAUGAAUCGCCAUCGUGUUGUCUGUCCUGGAUAUAUGUCUCGCACUGUUUAAAUGUCAGAUAUAUAACAUAUCCGCUUUUGGAGAAAACAAUUUGCUCAUGGUACACCUACAUAUAUGUAUUCUAUUUUAUAUGAUAUACUGCCAAAACCACAGGACAUUCAUCAUUCUGGUGUGUCUAUUUAUACAACACAAAGCCUUUGAUAUUACUACAUGCUUUUUAGGUCAACUGAGACAAAGUCUCAAGUGACCUAUUGCGAUCGCCUUUUGUCCGUCGUCGUCCGUCG